AUGGCUCCUCGUCCCAAUCUCACUGGCUUCGACCCUCAANAGUUCGCUGCCGCCUCCGGCCAGCCCAGAAACGACCCCUGGGCCAGANUAGUACGUCAAUCCGCCCACCAUGAUCCAACCAUCUCUCUGACGCAACCCCACAGCGAGGCCUGGAGAUACACCGGCCCCUUCUCGCGCUGGAACAGAUUCAAGGGCUCCUUCCCUGGUCUCGGUAUCGCCACUGUCGCCUUUGCUGGUUACCUUGCCUACGAAGCCGUCUUCCUCGGCGACGACCACGGCCACGGCGACGCUGGUCACGCUAAGGACCACCACGGCAUCGCUGCUUGA